AUCUCAGAACAGACACAUUCUUGCUGUGUUUCGCCUUAGAUACCCUUGAGAAAUUUUCGUCUUCCAAAACUGACGAUCAUAUGUAGUUUACAUGUUGUAGUUCUAAUCCUUAUGAACGCACCCAAUUGAAUAACAAACCGGAUUUUACAAAACAAUUCCCACUCGAUUGGUGUUGUCUGGAGAAAAUUAAUUUGUUUAAUUAACUUAUCUAAAUAGUUUAUAAAAAAAAUAACGCAGAUUGACAGUAAUGUCUCCAGUUGCUGGGUUUCGCAGCGUUACCGGAGUAUUACAAAAGGCCUUUUCCAGUGGAUUGUCAAAGAACUCUCGGUUCGUCGGUCAUGGACGGAUCAACCCAAGGCCCUUACUCUUAUACAGCUGUCAAGGUUCAUCUGUGAUUGACACUGUCAGUGGCAGGAGUUAUGUCACUUCAGUCGACCCAUCACAUGGGCUGACAGAAGAACAAUGUGCCAUCCAGAAGUUAGCAACAGAUUUUGCUCUAAAUGAAAUGUUACCUCAUAUGGCAGAAUGGGAUGAAAAGGAAAUUUUUCCUGUUAAGACCAUGCAAGCUGCAGCAGCAUUGGGAUUUGGUGCCAUAUAUGCUAGAGAGGAUUAUGGUGGUACUGGUCUCAGUCGUUUAGAUGCUUCUAUUAUCUUUGAAGCUUUAGCACAAGGUUGUACCUCCACCACUGCUUACAUAAGUAUUCACAACAUGUGCGCUUGGAUGAUUGAUGAAUUUGGCAAUGAUGAACAAAGAGAAAAAUGGAUACCCCAGUUGGCAACCAUGGAGAAGUUUGCUUCAUAUUGUUUGACAGAACCAGGAUCAGGAUCUGAUGCUGCAUCUCUCUCAACAAAUGUCCGAAAAGAUGGUGAUGACCUCAUUUUGAAUGGUUCAAAGGCAUUCAUUAGUGGAGGAGGGGACACCGAUGUCUAUUUGGUAAUGUGUAGAACAGGAGGUACUGGACCAAAAGGUAUCUCAUGUGUGCUAGUUGAAAAGGGAAUGCCUGGAUUGAACUUUGGAAAGAAAGAAAAGAAAGUUGGUUGGAAUUCCCAGCCGACUCGUAUGGUUAUAUUUGAAGACUGCAGAGUGCCUGCAUCCAACAUCAUUGGGAAAGAAGGUCAAGGGUUCAACAUUGCUAUGAAAGGUCUUAAUGGAGGCCGAAUUAAUAUUGCUUCCUGUUCGCUUGGUGCUGCUCAUGCAAGUAUAAUGGCAGCAGCAGCACACGUUAAAGUUCGCAAGCAGUUUGGAAAACCACUUGCAGCAUUUCAGAAUAGCCAAUUCCGCCUAGCUGAAAUGGCAACAGAUUUGGUAGCAUCUCGUCUACUAGUGCGAAAUGCAGCAAGAGCUCUGGAGACUGGCCACAAAGACACUGUAUCUCUAUGUUCAAUGGCAAAGUACUACGCAACAGAGAAGUGCUUUAAUAUAAUAAAUGAAGAUUGCAACUCAUGGUGGAUAUGGUUACUUAAAGAUUACAGCGUUCAACAGUAUUUAAGAGAUUCUAGAGUUCACAUGAUUCUAGAGGGAACAAAUGAAGUAAUGAGAAUACUAAUAGCAAGAGGUAUUCUUGAAGAAUAG